AUGUUGUUAAUACCUUGUCUGUCACUAUAUAACAAAUAUAAUAAUCGUCGUAAUCGCCCUGAGGCAGGUAGUACUGUGAAUGACAGUCUUGGUUCUGACGGUGAAUUCGAUGAAGAUGAUGACGAUAUGUGCGAUUCGCCUAUUGAUUGGUUCGCGGAGACCGAAUUUGAUGAGAGACUGUUAGAUCCUCAGUUUUUCGUCAAGUUUAUCACAAACACUGACGAAAAACCAAAAGAACAUAAUAAGAAUCAUCAAUUUCGUCACUCAAUUGUUCCGAGAGAGCUGUUAGGCAGUGGCACCAGCAGCAGUACAACGGUGUAUAGUACACCCUCCACCGAUAAUACUGAUAGUACCGAUAACACUGCAUCAAGUAGCGCAGCUAAUACUAAUACUGCAAUCCACAUUUCUAGCUAUGAAUCAGAGAAUUCACAGAAUUCACUAGAAAAUAUUGACACUGCAUCAAGUAGCGCAGGUAACAUUAAUACCGCAGUCAACAUUUCUACCUCUGAGUCAGAGAGUGCACAGAAUUCUUCACAAAAUACUGAUGCGAGUAGUUCACAAUGUUCUACUAUUUUUUCAAGCCCUCACAACACUACCGAUAAUACUACUAGCAAUAUCAAUAAUAUCACCACAUCUCUCUCUGAAACUUCUCAUGGCACCAAUAAUAGAGACAGUUCAACCAAUGACGAAAUGAUUGCCUUGGAUAGUCUCAUCAGCACUAUGGGCUUGCUCGGGGUCACACCUGCUUCAGGAACUAUGCUUUCUAACAGUGGUGACAUCGAUAGUUCGCUAGAUGCUUUAUCUGGACUGUUUAAUGGUUUGAGCACAUCGGACUCUAUGACUUCGAAUGAUAACAAUCAAUCAGAAUCAUCAGAUAGUGAAAUCGGAAACUAA